AUGUCCUCAUUGAUGUUGGAAGUUGGAACUUCACUGAUGUUACCCAUAAGUAGCUCAGAAAUUGAUAAAAUGGAAGAACAAGAUCGAACCAAUAUUGAUCCAACCCCCUUGUUUGGAGCACCACCACCGAGAAUGCAAUCUUUGGAUGACAUAGCAGUAUCACAGUCACCAUCCCAACCAUGUCAAUCAUCUGUGAAUUCUUGUCAAGAAUUUUAUACUCCUCAAGUUAAAAAUGAAGUGAUACCGAAAAUUGACCAACAAUUUCUCAAAUUAGAUGAUGUUUGGGAAUUUUACAACGAAUAUGCUAGACAAGCUGGAUUUAGUGUCCGAAUCAAUUCUAGUAGGUUGGGUGAGAAUGGUAAAGUAAUGAGGAAGGAGUACGUUUGUUUUAAAGAAGGGGAGAGAAAAAAUUCUAAGGCCACUAAACGCCGUCGGGGUUUAACUAGAGAGAAAUGUGGUGCAAAAUUUGCUGUCGUAAGAAAAGGUGAAGUGUUUGUUGUAUCAAAAUUUGUCAAGGGUCAUAACCAUGAGCUUACAACGCCAAGAAAGGUGCAUUUGUUAAAAUCUCAUCGCCGAGUAUCAGCCGCACAAAAAGCUUUAACGCAACAAUUAUCUGCUGCUAAUGUGCCAACUUGCCAACAAAUGAGUAUUUUUGAGUUGCAAGCGGGAGGUAUUGAAAAUGUUGGAUUUUUAGCACGAGAUCUUUACAAUGAUGAAAGAGAUAGGAAGAAUGUAGUACAUGGUCAUGAUGCAAACAUUUUGUACGAGCAUUUCGAGAUGGAACAACAAAAGAAUCCGGGCUUUAGGUUCACAUUCGAGAGAGAUGAUAAGGAUAGAAUGACUCAUUGUUUUUGGGUGGAUGCGGCAUCUAGAAAGUCAUAUCAAUAUUUUGGGGACGUGGUAGUGUUUGAUACUACGUACUACACAAACAAAUAUUCCUUGAUAUUUGCACCUAUAUUGCGGGUCAACCACCACAGGCAGACAACACUUCUUGGGUGUGCAUUCUUGAGUGAUGAAAAAACUGAUUCGUUUGUGUGGCUCUUCAAUGAAUGGUUAAAAGCGAUGCCAGGUGGACCACCCAAAAUGAUCAUAACUGAUCAAGAUCCGGCAAUGACGAGCAAUUGCUUCUGCUCUUCCAAAUAUUUGAAGAAUUGUAUAUGGAAUUCUGAAACACCUGGAGAGUUCGAUGCAAGAUGGGCAACUAUUGUAGGAAACUCUAAGUUGUCUAGUAAUAAAUGGUUGCAGGACAUGUAUGAAAUUCGUGAUAGAUGGAUUCCCGCAUAUACGAACCACAUGUUUUCUGCCCACAUGACUAGUAGUCAACGGGUUGAAAUUUCUCAUUCGUUUUUCAAGAGGUAUGUGUCCAAAGAAAAUUCAAUGAUGGAUUUUGUGACGCGAUUCAAUAGGGCACUUGCCAAAGUCCGACAUAAUGAAUUGAAUUUGGACCAUAAAGAUGUAAAUGAGAAGCCUCUCUUGAAAGCCUCGUGGGCAAUGGAAAAGAAAAUGAGUGAAAUAUAUACACGGAGCAUAUUUGAGAGGUUUCAAGAGGAGAUCUUUCAAAUUAAUGCGUAUGUGGUUACGUUCAUACGCGAGAAUGAACAUUGGUGUUUGUGGAAUGUUCAGAGAGAAGAAACAGAAGGUGCGAGAACCCGUGAGAUUUCGGUGGAUAAGUCAUCCAACCUUGUGAGUUGUAGUGGUGUGAAAGAAAUAUGUAACAGUUCACUUCUUGUGAGGCGACAAGGUCUCUUCCAACUUGCUUGUACAGUUAUCGAUGAUGCUGUAUUAGAUGAAGAAGAAAGUGAAGUUGUGCGAGAAGCUUUGGAAUCUAGUCAAAUGAAGAUUGCAUUGAUGAGGAGUUCUCGCCAAGAUGGUUCAACGAAUCGUAUCCAAGUGCCGCCUUCUCUCGGAAGCCAACAUAGUUUGAAAGAACCACUUCAAGUUAGGGCAAAGGGUUGUGAUAAGCGUUUGAAAGGAGGAAAAGAGAAGGCCGUCAACAAGAUGAGGAAAUGUAAUGGUUGUGGGUUAACGGGACAAUCGCAUGACAAAAGGAAUUGUCCAAAACUUAUGAACAUGUCUUCACAAGAUGUUAGGUUGAGUGAUGACGAGGAUGACGUUGACGAUGAGUGUAAGUGUUUGUGAUACAUCUACGUUUAAUUGUUUACUUGUUCUUGUUUUU